CCGCCGGCGCCCGGGAGGCGGGCGGCUCCUUAUAUGGUCAAAUGACACGGCGGGGCGCUCCGCGCGGAGCCGCUGCGCUCCACUCGGCCGGCCGCGGAGCCGCAGCCCGGAGCCGCCGCCCGGCCAGCCCGCGAGAGCCGGCCCGCCGCCGCGCGGUUGUUGAAAAGCCAGGUGUCAAAAUGACCGAGCGCUUUGACUGCCACCAUUGCGAAGAGUCUCUCUUUGGCAAGAAGUACAUCCUGAGAGAGGAGAGCCCCUACUGCGUGGCCUGCUUUGAGGCCCUCUACGCCAGCACCUGCGAGGAGUGCGGGAAGCCCAUCGGCUGCGACUGCAAGGACUUGUCCUACAAGGACCGACACUGGCAUGAGGCCUGUUUCCACUGCUCGCGGUGCCAGAGCUCACUGGUGGACAAGCCCUUCGCUGCCAAGGAGGACCAGCUGCUCUGCACGGACUGCUACUCGCACGAGUACUCCUCCAAGUGCCAGGAGUGCAGGAAGACCAUCAUGCCAGGUACCCGCAAGAUGGAGUACAAGGGCAGCAGCUGGCACGAGACCUGCUUCAUCUGCCAUCGCUGCCAACAGCCAAUUGGAACCAAGAGCUUCAUCCCAAAGGACAGUCAGAAUUUCUGCGUGCCCUGCUAUGAGAAACAGUAUGCCCUGCAGUGUGUUCAGUGCAAAAAGCCCAUCACCACCGGGGGAGUCACUUACCGGGAGCAGCCCUGGCACAGGGAGUGCUUCGUGUGCACCGCCUGCAAGAAGCCGCUGUCCGGGCAGCGCUUCACGUCCCAAGACGAGUUUGCCUACUGCCUGAACUGCUUCUGCGAUUUGUAUGCCAAGAAGUGUGCUGGGUGCACCAACCCCAUCAGCGGACUCGGCGGCACCAAGUACAUCUCCUUUGAGGAGCGGCAGUGGCACAACGACUGCUUCAACUGCAAGAAGUGCUCCCUCUCCCUGGUGGGCCGAGGCUUCCUCACAGAGAGGGACGACAUCCUGUGCCCCGACUGCGGGAAGGACAUCUGAGUCACACCCAUCACUGCUCGCCACACACAGAUUUAGAUAUUUUCUUUCUCAACCACACGAUAGUGUGUUCUGGUUUCCACCAGCCACAUCGAGACUUUGCUCUUGUGCUUCUCAGUGCUACUCACGUUUGUUUAAGCCGUUUAAUCCUUUGUACUAGUUCAAUCCCAGGGAAGGAGAAAGCCCUAUGUAAACCUUAGGUGGGAAGAUGGUUUUGAAGUUUUGUAAUCAAGCAAGGCAAAUCCAAGUUAAAAAUCCUUUUGAAUAUCUUUAUAAAUGUAUCUUUCUUUCACUGUGUAUUUAAUUUUUAAGUGCAAUUAACAUAUCACGAUCUUGCAAGUUUUCCAAACUACAUAAAGUAAUGAAGAGUUGGUAUUUACAACUGUGUAACUUCCUGUCACGUAAGGCCUAAAGCAAAAUUAUAUGGCUUACAAUAAAGUUAUCCAGAACAAAA